CAUAUCCUAAACAAACAAGAAAAUUAAAAUCACAAUAUAAUUCUGAAAUACUAUUGCAUGAUAUGAUAUAUAAAAUUAUAUGAUCCCGCAAUCGUGACUAUCAUCUCAUUCUACACCAUCAAUCAACAGCAAAACAUAUCAUUGUGCAGUUGUUAUCAGAUCCCAAAACCAAGAACCCACAAUGCAAACCUCCCAAGAAUCACCUCAUACACCUCAAGAACUCCCAAUCACCACCACUGUUACCACCUCUACUAAAACACCCAAAAAACUUACUUUAAUCCCUCUGAUAUUCCUAAUCUAUUUUGAAGUAGCCGGUGGCCCUUAUGGUGAAGAACCUGCUGUUCAAGCUGCAGGUCCACUCUAUGCACUUCUUGGGUUCUUGAUAUUUCCAUUCGUAUGGAGUAUUCCUGAGGCUCUUAUCACUGCUGAGCUUUCUACUGCUUAUCCUGGGAAUGGUGGUUUUGUUAUUUGGGCUGAUCGUGCUUUCGGUCCCUUUUUUGGAUCCUUGAUGGGGUCUUGGAAAUUCUUGAGUGUUGUCAUCAAUAUUGCUGCCUUCCCAGUUCUUUGCAUUGAUUACUUGAAGAAGGUACUUCCUGUAUUGGCUUCUGGUUGGCCUCGCAAAGUUGCACUUAUGAUUUCAACAUUGUUUUUAUCUUUUCUUAACUAUACUGGAUUAGCCAUUGUUGGCUAUGCUGCUGUUGUGCUUGGUAUAGUUUCGCUCUCGCCUUUUAUUAUUAUGUCUGUUAUCGCAAUCCCAAAGAUUAAACCUCAUAGAUGGCUUAGUUUAGGCCAAAAGGGUAUGAAAAAAGACUGGACUUUGUAUUUCAAUACCCUUUUUUGGAACUUAAAUUUUUGGGAUAAUGUUAGUACUCUAGCUGGAGAAGUUGAUAAACCCCGGAAAACAUUCCCUGUGGCCUUAUUCACUGCUGUGAUAUUCACUUGUCUGUCUUACUUUAUUCCACUUUUUGCGGUAAUUGGUGCUAUUUCUGUGGAUCAAAGUGAGUGGGAAUCAGGGUUUCAUGCUACUGCAGCUGAACUUAUUGCAGGGAAAUGGCUAAAGUAUUGGGUUGAAGUUGGUGCAGUGUUGUCUGCUAUUGGUUUGUUUGAGGCACAAAUGAGUAGUAGUGCAUACCAGCUUCUUGGCAUGGCUGAUUUGGGAUUCUUGCCUCAGUUUUUUACCAAAAGGGCUAAAUGGUUUGAUACUCCUUGGGUGGGGAUACUGGUUUCAACAUUGAUCAUAAUUGGAGUAUCAUUUAUGGAUUUCACUGAUAUUAUUUCAUCAGCUAAUUUCUUGUAUAGUUUAGGUAUGCUGUUGGAAUUUGCAUCUUUCCUUUGGUUGAGAAGGAAGUUGCCUGAACUGAACAGGCCUUACAAGAUUCCAGUGAGGCUACCAUGGUUGAUUGUUAUGUGUUUGAUACCAUCUGUGUUCUUAGUACUCAUAAUGGCUGUUGCUACUAAGACUGUUUAUCUGGUGAGUGGUUUGAUGACUGUGGGUGCCAUUGGAUGGUAUUUCUUGAUGAUGUUUUGCAAAUCAAAGAAGGUGUUACAAAUAUAGCAGGGCUGAAAAUAUUUAAGAAGGAUGCUUCAAUUGGUGGUGACCUUUAAUGAAGAUUCAGAGAACCAAGAACAUUUCUUUAAACUAGAUUGUCUCUUCUUUUCUUUUUCAAUCUCCAAUAGUGAAAUUGUAAUUAGUAUUACGAUUGUUUAGGAUCAAGAUCCAAAACUUCUACUGGGUUUGCUUGGGUGUAAAGGCAAUUCUUUUAUUGAUCAGGAUGUAAAGCCAAUUCCUUUUCAUAAAAUGGUUCAC